AUGAAGGCUCGGAGGAACGAGAGCAGCAAGAAGCCUCGUUGCGGGGGAGCGGUAGCGGCAUGGCUUCUGGUUCCACUGCUCGUCCUCGUCGUGCUCAAGACCGGUUAUCUGCCGCAGCUUACUCGCCAUUUAGAGUGUGCAGGAAUAGGGCAGCAGCAGCAACGACUACCUGAGAUAGUCAACUUACAAGCUGAGGAAGGUAUGCCGAAGACAACUGGUAUAGCCAACUUACAAGCUGAGGAAGGUACGCCGAAGACAACUGGUAUAGCCAACUUACAAGCUGAGGAAGGUUCGGUCGCCAAAGCACCACUAUCUCCGGCAUCAAGCGACAAGAUCGCCGGCGAUGGCGCAGAUGCGAUCAAAGAUGGAAAAGAUGGAAAGAACUUUCUAGCAAUGAACGGAGAAAUAGAUGGUCCCUUGCGAAGUUCAGAUGUGGCAGCACCAAGAAGCAGCAAGUUAACCUGCGACUUCAGCAGCAGGCACACGGACAUCUGCGCCAUGGAAGGCGAUGUCCGUGUGCACGGCAAAUCCGGCACCGUGUACGUGGUGGCAGCAUCCAAGGAGAGCUACUGGCCGGAGAACGGGACGGUGACCUUCCGCCCAUUCACGCGCAAGUACGAGGAAAGUAGCACGAUGCAGAUGGUCCGAGAGGUGACCAUCCGCACGGACGACGCCGCCCCGCCGUCGUGCACGGUGACGCACGACGUCCCGGCGGUGGUCUUCUCCACCGGUCCCGACCGCGGCAACAUCUUCCACGGCUUGGCGGAUCUGAUCAUCCCCCUAUACAUCACGGCGCGGGAGUACGACGGCCGCGUCCAGCUCCUGGCCACCGGCUACCAGCGACAGUGGAUUUCCCAUUACCGGCACCUCAUCGAGGCCCUCUCCGUCUACCCGGUCAUCGACUUCGACGCCGAUGAAGCCGUGCGCUGCUUCCCGUCGGUGCACGUCGGCAUGGAGACGCACGGCGAGCUGAGGAUCGGCCCGGCGCUCUCGAGGAAGGGCUACACGAUGAGGGACUUCCGGGACUUCCUCCUGUCGGCCUACUCGCUGAAGCGCCGAUGGACGACUCCCGUGAGCCGGAGCUCUGGGGAGAGGCCUCGUCUGGUUAUGGUGCUGCGGCGGCACUCGAGGGAGAUAACCAACGAGGCGGAGGCCAUAGCGGCGGCCACGGAGAUCGGAUUCGAGGUGGUGGCCGCGGGGCCGGAGCUGGUCGGGGACACGGACCGGUUCGCGGAGGUGGUGAACUCGUGCGACGUGCUUGUGGGCGUGCACGGCGCCGGGCUCACCAACAUGGUGUUCCUGCCGCACAACGGCACGGAGUUGCAGAUCGUCCCGUGGGGCGAGCUCAAGUUCAUUGCGUUCCAGGAAUACGGCCGUCCCUUGGCGGACAUGGGGCUCCGGUACCUCGAGUACGAGGCUACUGCCGAGGAGACGACGCUCAAGGACGUAUACGCAAAGGACCACGCCGUGUUCACCGACCCUUUAUCCAUACACAAGCAGGGAUUUGACAAGGUCUGGUCCAUCUUCCUCGGCCAAAACGUCACCCUUGACAUUGGCCGCUUCAAAGGGGUCAUGCAGCAGAUCUACCAGUCAGUCACCAUUACAUAG